AUGGCAUUCACCCUUUGUCCAGCGAUGGGCAGAGUUUCCAACAGGGAUUUGUUAGUGGUAGUUCUGUUCUUGUUCCGGACAAUAGUUUGUGACAGUCUCUGUCCAAAGUUCGCUGAGAAGCCACUUGAGACCAGAGUUCAGGACGCUUCUAUAGUUUUUAGGGCUGUGGUCAUACAAACACAUUAUCAGAGUAAAACCCUGGAUUUGGCACUAGUGUCAAUAUACAGGGGAGGUGUUGAGUUGGCGUCUAUAAGCCAAUAUUCUGGCUCGCCGUACAACACUACUGAUAGGCAGGUGAAUUUAAAAAUAAGUCCUCAGCUCGGCGACUGCUUUAAUUGGAGUAUGGCGCCGUCUCAAAGUGAGCUGGUGGUAUUUUCAAGGGUCAGUGACCCAGCUGUGGACUUGGAAACAACGCCAGCUGACGGUCCCUGGCUGGAAGCGACAGCUGCAGCAGUUCCCUGGAGUCUAGGUGUAGACAUCGCCAUUUGGAAUGCUGUUGGCUGGGCGGGAUGGGGGGAGUGGGGCGCAUGCAGUAGAUCCUGUGGAGGCGGCAGACAGAUGAGGCGGAGGUAUUGUUCCAGGUCGAGCUGCGAGGGUUAUGGAGACCAGGCCAGGUCGUGUAACUCCUUCAAUUGUGAAGGAGCGAUAAACCCUUUAGCACCGGGUGCAAGACGGAACUUCCAUCCAGCACAAGCCCGGUGGGGUCAUGUGGCUGAUCGACCACAUGCCUUCAGUCUAAGACCCAACUCUUACAUAUGGAUCGCAUCUUCGGAGCUCUUUGCUGCGGGGAAGACGUUUCCAAGAGAGUUCACUUUAUUUGUCUCACUAAGGUUGAGACCUGAGAGUGCAGGAUACGGACAGGGAACCUUAUUCUCCAUAAGGUCGCGUCACCGGUCCGGGUCGUUCCUGUCUCUAGAGCUGGCUGGUCGUGGUGCUGCACGACUGGUACACGCCGGCUCCGGUUCCUCAAGAUCAAUAUAUCUGGCAGUACCUUUGUACGACUUCCGUUGGCACCAUAUUGCUAUCAGUGUUCAUGAUGACAACACAGUACGUGCAUAUGUCGACUGCCGCUGGCUAAGGACUGAUGUGUUAGAAAAAGACGCCCUGGUUACACCGAGGGAUGCUGAUCUUAUUAUAGGCUAUCUCUUUUCGGGCGAUCUGGAGCAGUUGGUGUUGGUGCCAAAAGCCGGACAAGCGCAAAAGCAGUGUUCGAGCCAAGUGAACGGAAUAACAACCCCUUACGUUACACUCCGUGACACGUAACUGAAACCUGUGAAGAAAAUACGAUAAUAAGUAAUGUAAUAGAAAAAAUAACGAGUGAUAUCGUACUGUUUGAUAUAAAUAUUUUAUGUAAGGACACAGUGAUUUUGGACUUAUAAUGAAAUAUCCAGAAAAUUGAAAUUGCUGCGAGAAUGAAAUGAUGAUAAUUGUGAAAGAUCUCUGUGUAUAAGAAAUGAGUAUAUAAACUAGGACCAUCGUAAUGUACUUCAUGUGUCUGUGACAGUUUGUAUCACGAUAAAAUAUAUGGUCUAAUCGAAAUGGUGGUCAAUAUAUUCAGUAAUCGAAACCUAUUAGUUUUAAUAUUCUCAUCUCUAUGAAAAUGUGUGUAUAUACACGCAUAUUAUUGUUAUUCAUUACCCAAUUACUUAAAUUACAAUUGUGUGUUGUAUGUAGUUCACGAGUAUGUUAAUACGUAUGAAAAUAAACCAAUAAAAUUCAAUGAGAGAAUGUAGAGUAUGUGAGUAAAUAGUAAACAACAAACUUAUAACAAUAAAUGUAUAUCGCGCUGAAUAAUAUAAUUUAUUAGCAGUGUUGUUUACGCUUAUUUGUGAGUUGUUUAUCUUGAAUGUAAUAAAAACUUUUUUAAUUAAUUUGAAUUAUUACAAUAAUUAUUAGAAAAGCACACAACCCGUCCGUUCUGUUUGCGGGCUGCUCGCAUAAUGCUUUUUUUGUCCGAAUCCCUGUUCACAGGCCGCCAUACUGUGCCCAAUGCAUAUGCGUAAUGCGAUCGUUAGUGAAAAUUUUGAAUCUGAACGUUUAACCGUUGACGUUUUGUCUCGGGCCCGCUGAAUCCCCGUCGUUGCAGUGUUGCAGUCUAAAAAAUAGAUUUUUGGCUACAUUCAUACAACCGUGCCAGAACAGUGUCCUUCUCUUGUAGAUCAACAUUACAAAAAUAAAAAUGGAUACACAUAGGUAAGUUUGUCCAAUUUAUUAAUUACAAAUUAAAUAAUUAAAUAACCAUUUGUCUCUUCAGUUUGUUUGAAAAAAAGUUGCACACAAUUUAUUUGUCAACGUUCUAAAUUAUUGAUCGCCAUUUUGGUUCUACCCUAUAUAAUGUUGAAUUAGUAUCAGCUGUAGAUAGUAAAAUUGAGAACAUACUUGAUAUUAAAUAUUUACUUUGAAAGUAAACGUUAAGUUGAAGUGAUAUUAUAAGUUCAUGAAAUGUGCGCAGAUUCUUGUGUGUAAUUAUAAAAAUAAGUCAGCAAAUUCAUAUACCAUUCUGCAUAUAUAUACCUACAUAUAUAUAAAUAAAAUGUGUAAAGAAUACGAUAUCUUCAUAGUUAGAACAUAUACGUUUUGUUUAUAAAGGUGAUAUUACACAUUUACAACAUGUAAGAUAUACAACCAAGAAAUAACAAGUCCAUAUACAA